AGAAAAAUGUCCACCACCACUUAUUUUUCGGUGCAUUCGUGAUGCCCGAGGUUUUUGCACUUCCGAGUGGUGUGAAAAUUCAAAUGGUGUCGGCGUCAGAUAUAACGGUGGCGGAACGGCAGGUAACAAUAACGUACAGAACGGCGAAUCAGUGGGUUACAAUAACGCACAGAACAGCAGCGGAUCAGUGGCUUGA